GAGUUAACUGUGAGUGUGUUGUUCCCCGAGCUGUUGAUAAACAACAAUGGCGCUUCUCGGGCCCAACUUUUAAUAACAUUUCAUUCCCUUCAACAAACUUUCAUCUUCCUCACAAUAAUACCAGUAAUCCAACGCACUCACACAUACAUACACAUAAAAACUUUGCAUCCGAUCUAAAGUAUAGUUGAUGGAAUACCCAGGUGUUUCUGUUGGUUUUCCUGCCAGUGUUGUUACAAGUACUGCCAUUCCUAUUGACACCUCCUUAAUGGAAACCCGAUAUUCUGAAAACUUAUAUCAGCCCGAACAUCACAAUUCCGGAGAUGUCCAGUUUUCAGAGACCCACAGCGUGCUGGCCGAUGCUCAUCAUUUUGGAGUGUCUUCCCUCUCAUUUGAUCUUGUCAAAGAACUUCUUUGGAUGGGAACUCAAGGGGGUCAUGUCACAUCUUACUAUGGUGCUGGGCUAGAGAAAUACACUUCAUUUCAAGUUCAUUCAACAGAUGAAAUUCGUCAGAUUCUCUCUAUGGACACAGGCUGUCUCUUCCUUACCCGGAAUAAUCUGAGAUGUUCAAUGAGGACAGGAUUGAAGCAGUUUGACUACGUUGACGAAUAUAUGGAAGACAUGCAGUGUAUCUUAAUGACCAGUCCACAGACAGUGCUAAUGGGUGGUCACCAGACCAAAGUCAUUGAGCUUGACCUCAAUAAGUUACAAAAGACCAGAGAGGUUGAUGUUGUUGAACCUGGCUGUGCUAUAUUCAGGGCUUCAAACAAGUUCAUUUGUGCUGGAGACACUAGUGGCAAGCUGACACUUUACGAUCAUAAAACUCUUAAUGCUGAACAUGUCCUUGAAGCCCAUACUGGAACUUUAUCAGAUUUUGAUAUCAAUGGUAACCUAUUGGUUACCUGUGGUUAUUCCAACAGAAUGGGCAACUUGGCACCUGACCGUUUUCUCAUGGUGUAUGAUCUACGUUUCAUCAGAGCCAUGGCACCAAUAAAAGUUCUUAUAGACCCUGCGUUCCUCCGCUUUUUACCAGCCUAUCCAAACAAACUGUGUGUUGUUUCACAAGUUGGUCAUUUUCAAGUGUUGGAUACUACAACAAUGGCUCCUGGCUCCAUGAUGUUGUACCAAGUUGAUACCCAAGGAGGUGUUUUAAUGAGUUUUGAUGUGUCUCCUACAUGUCAGUCCAUGGCUUUCGGAGACAGCACUGGUUACAUCCAUUUGUUUUCUACGAGUGAUCAAGCAGCUUUCAAUGCUUACCCUGAACAACCAGAGUUUGCAGAUCCCGUUGAACCUGUCACCCCUAUGCACAUCAAUGAUGAGCUUGCACCCUUGUCCAUCAUCCCCAUGACAUACCCCAGUGGAGUGACUCUGCUCUCUGAUUGGCCAGCACAACUCUGUCAAAAAGUUUACAGGGCCCACAAACCAGUGGAACCAGAAUUGCUGCGUACCAUGAAGAUGAGGCACAAUGUGGGGUAUGCCCCCAAUCCAGGCACCACCCACAGAAAUCAGGUACCCUAUGAUCUGAAAAAUGAGAGCAAUAACUACAACAAAUCGAUCCCUGAAUCUUCUAAUGGCAGAGAUGAUGCUUUGGUCAAUAUACCUAAAAGAUAUCGCAAAGUUGAAAUAAAAUACUCCAAGCUUGGCAUUGACGAUUUUGAAUUUCGCUAUUAUAACAAAACCAAUUUUGCUGGUUUAGAAACCCAAAUUCCUAACGCUUAUUGCAAUGGAAUGCUACAGGUUUUGUAUUUCAUUGAGCCUCUGCGAUGUGCAAUGAAGUCACAUCUCUGUGAAAGAGAGUUUUGUUUGGCAUGUGAGCUUGGCUUUCUUUUCCAUAUGUUAGAUGAACAAAAGGGACAAACCUGCCAGGCCAAUAAUUUUCUCCGAGCUUUCCGUACAAUUCCGGAAGCUUCAGCUCUUGAGCUUAUCAUUGGUGACCAUGACCAGCUGCAGGGCAAAGCAAACUUCACUCGCCUCAUCCAGAAUUGGCAACGCUUUUUGCACCAACAAGUUCAUUCUGAAUACUGUGUUCGAGGCCCAAUCUACCAGAAUGCCAUGCCUGAAGGUGCGAUUCCUGUUGAAGGUUGCCAGCAGGAAAUAGCAGAUUAUUACUCCAUACCUGUCUACACAGAACCCUGCCCUAUACAGGAGAACAUUCCACAAGGUGCAAAUAUCCUAGAUCAAAGCAGUGAAGCUAUUCCAGAAAGUCCACCCAAAUCUGAGCCAGAAGUUUCUAUAGUAAGUCAGUUGUUUGGAAUUGAGAUUGAAACACUUCUACGAUGUCGUUGUGGCCAUGAGACUCACAGAACCUCUUAUCCUACCCUCACCAACUUAUCAUAUCCAUCAUCAAACACAGAUGAACCUCCUCAAGUCAUUUCAUUCUCUAACAUCUUGUUGCACAGUUUAACAUCAGAGCAGGUGAUGCAAGCUUGGUGCAGUGUUUGCAGUCGUUAUCAAACCCAUGUGAGUAGUCCGAGUUAUGAUCAAUCAAGUGAUGGUGGUGAUUCACUUAACGAAGAAAAUACUCAGUCCAGCUAUGUCCCAACAGGUUUACGGCUUUCUCUCUCAAACAACGUAUUUUCAGUGAAUAGAUUAACAGAAGAGGCAAAGACAGCAACACCAGAAGAGUUCACAAAAGAUUAUGAAAUCUAUGCCACAGUGUCGCACAUCAAAGAUGGUAAAACCUCAGGUAAUUUAGUCAGCUGUAUCAAAGUCGGCAAGAAGUACCACCAACGGAAAGAAAAAGUCACUUGUACCCAAUGGUACCUCUUCAACGAUUUCUCCAUCACACCAAUCGAAAUAUCAGAAGCUUUGCAUUUUGACAUGGACUGGAAAAUACCCUGCAUCAUUUAUUUUACUCGGAAAAAUAUCAACCAAUACUAUGAUUUAACGGUGCAAAACCCCAUCACAUCAGAUGUUCUUUUGGACCAAAGUGGAGUUGUGAACCCUAAAAUUACAGAGAAGACCUUUAUUCCAUUAACCCCAGAUGAAAUCCCCAAAAGAGGGUCUCUGGUCGCCCUGGAUGCAGAGUUUGUCUCAUUAGAUCAGGAACAAGCAGAACUAAAAAGUGAUGGAACACGAUCUACAUUGAAACCUUCACACCUUGCACUUGCUCGAUUGACCUGUGUUCGAGGAUAUGGCCCUCUCCACGGUGAACCUUUCAUUGAUGACUAUAUCGCCAUGCAGGAACAAGUUGUCGACUAUCUGACGGAGUAUUCCGGCAUUAAACCUGACGAUCUCAUUGCUUCCGUUUCCACAAAACAUUUAACCACGCUCAAGUCAACGUACAUGAAACUCCGAUACCUCGUAGACCAAGGCGUUUGCUUUGUCGGCCAUGGACUUAAAAAAGACUUCAGAGUUAUCAACAUUUCAGUCCCAAAGAAACAAAUUGUUGAUACAGUCGAACUAUUACGGCAGCCGAGGCAAAGAAACAUAUCACUCAAGUUUUUGGUUCGCUACUUUCUAAAAAUGGAUAUCCAGUCUUUCACCCAUGACUCAAUAGAAGACGCACGUAGCGCCCUGCGUUUGUAUCGCUUGUACGAGGAAAUGGCCAAGAAAGGCGAAAACCACAUCAAGAAUGUCAUUAAAAAUCUUUAUGAAUACGGACGGAAAGUUCAGUGGAAGCUGCCGCCACCGGAAGAACUUGCCGAGUCAAUGCUUCCGGUAUUUACAUGUUGACAAACAGACAAGUUACACUCAACAACAGAGACAUCUAUUUUUCUAAAGAAAAACCAAAAAUAGAAAAAUUAACAUUAUUAUAAUUUUAUCAUAUCAUCAGAUUCAUUUUUUUUAUGCCCACAUGCAUUUAUUUAUGUGUUGUGUGUGUGUGUAUAUAUAUAUAUAUAUGUAUAUAUAUAUAUAUAAAUGUGUCUUUUAAAUGAGAUAUAUCUUUUAAAUAAUAUUUUUAAAAAUAUCUUCUAAAUAAAUUUUAUUAUUUUUUUUUUAUUCAA